AUGGCCUCCUUUUCUCGCUUCGGCUUCCUCGCCGUGGCUAUGAUCUUUCACCUGGUCUACAUCUAUUCCAUCUUUGACAUUUACUUUGUCAGCCCAAUCGUCACAGGCAUGCGACUCCAUGGCGUGGAGCGCGCCCCAUCUGUCAAGGCGCCUGCCGACAGAUUGGUGCUGUUUGUUGGCGACGGUCUGCGCGCAGACAAAGCCUUCCAGUCCUUUCCCGAGCCAUACCCCGACACCGAAGCUGAUCUUGUCCCCCGACCCCUCGCUCCUUUUAUCCGCUCCAAAGUCCUCAACGAGGGCACUUUUGGCGUCUCUCACACCCGUGUGCCCACGGAAUCCCGUCCCGGCCAUGUCGCAUUGAUCGCUGGCUUGUACGAGGACGUAUCAGCUGUCGCAACUGGCUGGAAGAUGAACCCCGUCCACUUUGACAGCGUCUUUAACCGCAGCCGCCACACCUACAGCUGGGGAAGCCCCGAUAUUGUCCCCAUGUUCGAGGCUGGUGCCGUCCCUGGCCGUGUAGACGCCUUUGCCUACGAAGCCGAGCUCGAAGACUUUUCCAAAGAUGCUACCAUCUUGGACUACUGGGUGUUUGACCAUGUUAAGGAUUUCUUUGCUGGGGCCGCGACAAACAAAGAGCUGGACAAGGCGCUGCGACAAGACAAGGUUGUCUUCUUCCUCCAUCUGCUUGGCAUCGAUACCACCGGACACGCGUACCGCCCAUAUUCCAAGGAGUACCUCCACAACAUCAAGGUUGUCGACCAAGGUGUCAAGGAAAUGACCGAACUCAUUGAUAAAUUCUAUGGCGACGACAGGACUGCCUACAUCUUCACCGCUGACCACGGCAUGAGCGACUGGGGCAGCCACGGAGACGGUCAUCCUGACAACACUCGCACGCCUUUGGUGGCCUGGGGCUCUGGUGUCGCUCGCCCGGAGAAGCACACCAGCACUGUUGCGCCUGGUCAUGAUGAAUUCUCCGCAGACUGGGGCUUCGACCAAGUUCGUCGCCACGACGUUGCCCAGGCUGAUAUCGCCGCCCUCAUGGCCUACCUGACUGGCCUCGACUUCCCUGCCAACUCUGUUGGCGAGCUUCCGCUUUCCUAUCUUGCCGGAACAAACACAGAAAAGGCCCAGGCAUCGCUUGUCAAUGCCCAAAGUAUCCUGGAAAUGUACCGCGUGAAAGAAGCCAAGAAGAGGGCGACUGAGCUUCGUUUCCGUCCUUAUAGCUCCUUUAGCGAGCAUAAUGCUAGCCCCGACCAGCGCAUUGAUGCCAUCAAGAUCCUCAUUGAGAGCAAAAAGUACGAAGAGGCCAUCGAGGAGACGGAUGCCCUGAUUCAAGUUACGCUCGAGGGUCUGCGCUAUCUCCAGACCUACGACUGGCUGUUCCUGCGAGCGCUCAUCACCAUCGGUUAUCUGGGUUGGAUGGCCUAUGCCAUCACCACUGUUAUCGAUCUUUUUGUUGUUGGCCAAAAGUUCAAGCCUCAGCGUUCUGCCGUUGCCCUCGUCUUCUUUUCCUCGGUGCUGGUCAUCUUAUACGCCUCGUUCAUCAUCUCCCAGUCCUCCAUCACCUACUACCUCUAUGCAGUUUUCCCCGUCAUUUUCUGGGAAGAAGUGUUUGCUUGCCGCCGGAGCCUCGCAGAGGGACGCAAAAUUCUCACUUCCCACAUCAGGUCUACCAGCGCUGCCCUCAGCUUUGGCGUCUACGUCAUCAUUUACGUGGCUGUCAUCGAGGGUCUUGCACUUGGCUACAUCCACCGUGAAGUCUUUACCGGUCUCUAUGUCCUUGGCGCCCUGUGGCCCUUGCUUUACGGCAUCUCCUUCCUCCGUAACAGCGCCACCCUUUGCGCUACCUGGAUCUUGUCAUGCCUCGUCAUGAGUACCUUUACGCUGCUUCCCGCCAACAAGACGGACAACAUCCCCCUGAUCCUGGCUGGCGGCGUCUCCAUGGUCAUUAUUGGCGUUUUGUACCUGUUAUUUGAGGACACUGUCUUGUCUGAUUUCAGUAAGCCCCUCGUCAAGAGCAAGAGUUUGAGCAACCCCCUCAGCCGCACCUUGAUGGGGGCUCAGAUUGGCUUGACCAUUCUGGCCAUGAUCGUUACUCGCUCAAGCGCGCUAUCGCUUGCAGCCAAGACGGGUCUUCCACUCGGCAACCAAGUUGUCGGAUGGACAGUCUUGGCUAUCUCGCUGCUAAUGCCUUUUGUGCACCGACUGCAGCCCAACAGCAACUACAUGCACCGUUUGAUGCUGAUUUUCCUCACCUGCUCGCCUACCUUUGUCAUUCUGACCAUUUCAUACGAGGGGCUAUUCUACGUUGCUUUCUGCAUCACCCUGGUUGCCUGGGUCCGUCUCGAGUACUCUAUCGAGGUAUCUGGGCGAUCUUCAUCGAGCAAAGACGUCACGAUUGAACGGGAUGGCCUGCAAUUCAGAGCGCUGCGACUCUCUGACGCCCGAAUUGCGCUCUUUUUCCUUGCAUUGCUCCAGUCUGCGUUUUUCAGCACCGGUAACAUUGCCUCUAUCUCGUCAUUUAGCCUGGACAGCGUCAACCGCCUGCUGCCCGUGUUCGACCCCUUCUCGCAGGGCGCGCUGCUCAUAUUCAAGCUCAUGGUGCCCUUUGCGCUCAUCUCGGCCAACCUGGGCGUGCUGAACAUUCGACUGGGCGUCGCGCCCUCGGCGCUCUUCAUGAUCGUCAUGGCUAUUAGUGACAUUCUCACGCUUUACUUUUUCUGGGUCGUCAAGGACGAGGGCUCAUGGCUCGAGAUUGGCUCGACGAUUAGCCAUUUCGCCAUUGCCAGCCUGUUAUGUGUCUUUGUCGCCGCCCUGGAACCCGUCAGCGCGUUGUUUGUCUCGGGCGUCCAGGUGGGCGAUCAUGUGAAGCAGCAUACCCACGCACCCGAGACGCCGAGUAGUAAGGCGGCGGGCACGAAUGGGCAUGCGUCCAGCAAAAAGAGCAACAAGAGGAACUAA